AUGAGCUAGCCACCUCGCGCAACGCUUCGUCGCAGCUGCGCGCCCGGCGAGCUGCGUUCGAGAGGAGCGAAGCCAUUUCCCGGGACGUGAGCGCUUUGAUUCCGUACGUCAACAGGGAGGCAGCGAACUUGCUCGAGUCGCGGCUGCCAUUUCAGCACUCUGUGCUUUGGCGGGAACAGGUCACGGAAUUGCAACUUCUGUUCGGGAACUGUUCUUCGAACCAUGGCGGCCGACGUCGCGGGUACCCGGCGAGCGACGAGCAAGGACAAGGUAACGAACCCAAUGUCGGGCCCUACUACCGACUCGGAGCGGCGAAAGCAGAUCAGCGUGCGAGGCAUCGCCCAGGUCGAAAAUGUUGCCAACGUGAAGAAGGCCUUCAACCGGCACGUCCACUACACGCUGGUCAAAGACCGCAAUGUGGCUACGCCUCGGGACUACUUCUUUGCCCUGGCCUACACCGUCAAGGACCACCUCGUCGGCCGAUGGAUCCGCACGCAACAGCAUUACUACGACAAGGACCCCAAGCGGGUGUACUACCUCUCUCUGGAGUACUACAUGGGCCGUUCUCUCACCAACACCAUGGUGAACCUCGGCAUCCAGAAUGCCUGCGAUGAGGCCCUAUACCAGAUGGGUCUGGACAUUGAGGAACUGGAGGAACUCGAGGAGGAUGCCGGUUUGGGCAAUGGCGGCCUGGGUCGGCUGGCGGCCUGCUUCCUCGAUUCCAUGGCCACACUAGGCCUGGCAGCCUAUGGAUAUGGCAUCCGCUACGAGUAUGGUAUCUUCACGCAAAAGAUCACCAAUGGCGAGCAGACUGAAGUGCCAGACGACUGGCUUCGCUUUGGCAACCCGUGGGAGAAGGCUCGCCCAGAGUACAUGAUUCCUGUCAACUUUUACGGCCGUGUGGAGAAGACCGACAAGGGCUUCAAAUGGGUCGACGCACAGGUUGUGUUUGCCAUGCCCUACGACAACCCCAUUCCCGGGUUCCGCAACAACGUUGUCAACACCAUGCGCCUGUGGUCAUGCAAGUCGCCCAUCAACUUCAACCUUCGCUUCUUCAACAACGGUGACUACAUUCAGGCUGUCCUCGACAGGAACCUUGCAGAGAACAUCUCCAGGGUGCUCUACCCCAAUGACAAUGUGUUCGAGGGCAAGGAGCUUCGUCUGAAGCAGGAGUACUUCAUGGUCGCGGCAACGCUGCAGGACAUCCUUCGCCGUUACAAAUCUUCCAAGUUUGGUCAGACAGAUGUGGUGCGCACCCACCUGGACCAGUUCCCGGAGAAGGUGGCCAUCCAACUCAACGACACACACCCGGCGCUCGCCAUUCCGGAGCUCAUGCGCAUCUUCAUAGACAUCGAAGGCCUCGAUUUCAACAAGGCUAUGGAACUGACGACAAAGACAUGUGCCUACACGAACCACACGGUGCUGCCAGAGGCCUUGGAGCGCUGGCCAUGCUCCAUGUUGCAGAACAUACUUCCGCGUCACCUGCAGAUCAUCUUUGAUAUCAACGCCCGUUUCCUUGACGACGUGAGCAAGAAAUACCCCGGGGACCACAACCGGUUGCGGCGUAUGUCGCUGGUCGAGGAAGAAGGUGAGAAGCGCAUCAACAUGGCUCACCUGGCCAUCGUGUGUUCUCACAAGAUCAACGGGGCGGCCUGCUUCCUCGAUUCCAUGGCCACACUAGGCCUGGCAGCCUACGGAUAUGGCAUCCGCUAUGAGUACGGUAUCUUCACCCAGGAGAUCACCAACGGCGAGCAGACUGAAAUUCCAGACGACUGGCUUCGCUUUGGCAACCCGUGGGAGAAGGCUCGCCCAGAGUACAUGAUUCCUGUCAACUUUUACGGCCGUGUGGAGAAGACCGACAAGGGCUUCAAAUGGGUCGACACACAGGUUGUGCUUGCCAUGCCCUACGACAACCCCGUUCCCGGGUUUGGCAACAAUGUUGUCAACACCAUGCGCCUAUGGUCAUGCAAGUCACCCAUCAAAUUCAACCUUCGCUUCUUCAACAACGGUGACUACAUUCAGGCUGUCCUCGACAGGAACAUUGCAGAGAACAUCUCCAGGGUGCUCUACCCCAAUGACACUGAAUUCGAGGGCAAGGAGCUUCGUCUGAAGCAGGAGUACUUCAUGGUCGCGGCGACACUGCAGGACAUCCUUCACCGUUACAAAUCUUCCAAGUUUGGCCAAAAAGAGGCAACGCUCACCCACCUGGACCAGUUCCCGGAGAAGGUGGCCAUCCAACUAAAUGACACGCACCCGGCGCUUGCCAUUCCGGAGCUGAUUCGCAUCUUCAUCGACAUCGAGGGCCUCACUUUCGACAAGGCUCUGGAACUGACGACUAAGACAUGUGCCUACACGAACCACACAGUGUUGCCAGAGGCCCUGGAGCGCUGGUCAUGCUCCAUGCUGCAGAACAUGCUUCCGCGCCACCUGCAGAUCAUUUUCGACAUCAACGCUCAUUUCCUUGGUGAGGUGAGCAAGAAAUACCCCGGGGACCACGACCGAAUGCAGCGUAUGUCGCUGGUCGAGGAACAAGGCGAGAAGCGCGUCAACAUGGCUCACCUGGCAAUUGUGGGCUCGCACAAGAUCAACGGUGUGGCACAGAUCCACUCCGAGAUUCUCAAGAAGGGCCUGUUCAAGGACUUCUACGAGAUGUACCCCGAGCGUUUCCUGAACAUGACCAAUGGCAUUACUCCCCGCCGGUGGCUCCUGCUCUGCAACCCUAGUCUGGCCGAUCUCAUUGCCGAUAAAAUUGGCGAUGGCUGGAUCGUGCACCUGGAGCAGCUGACCAAGCUGAAGCCUCUGGUCAACGACAAAGCAUUCCUGCAAGACUUGCAGAAAGUGAAGCAGGAAAACAAGAUGCGGCUGUGCGAGUACCUGCACAAGCUGACGGGCAUCAAGCUCAACCCAUCGUCCAUAUUCGACAUGCAAGUGAAGCGUAUCCACGAGUACAAGCGACAGCUGCUCAACUGCCUGCACAUCAUCUGCCUGUACAACCGCAUCAAGGCAAACCCCUCGGCGCCCUUCGUGCCACGUACCAUCAUGAUUGGUGGAAAGGCGGCUCCGGGCUACUACAUAGCAAAGCAGAUCAUCAAGCUGAUUAUCGCGGUGGCCAAUGUGGUGAAUCACGACCCUGUGGUUGGGGACAAGCUUAAGGUGAUCUUCCUGGAGAACUACCGUGUCAGCCUGGCCGAGAAGAUCAUCCCGGCCGCCGACCUCAGCGAACAGAUCUCCACUGCCGGCACAGAGGCUUCAGGCACCGGAAACAUGAAGUUCAUGCUGAACGGUGCUUUGACCAUUGGCACCCUGGACGGUGCUAAUGUUGAGAUGCAAGAAGAAAUGGGCCCAGAGAACAUCUUCAUCUUUGGAAUGACCGAGCCAGAAGUUGAAGACCUCAAGAAGAGGGGCUACAAUGCCUGGGACUAUUACAACAAGCUGCCAGAAGCGAAGAAGGCCAUCGACCAGAUCAGCAGUGGUUUCUUCAGCCCAACUAAUCCAAGCCUCUUCCAUGACCUCACCAACAUGCUGCUCAACCAUGACAGGUUCUGCCACUUGGCCGACUUCGAGUCGUACAUGAAGUGCCAGGAGCGGGUCUCGGCCAUGUACACGAACCAGGAGGAGUGGACUAAGAUGGCACUGCUCAACAUCGCCUCGUCGGGCAAGUUCUCGAGCGACCGCACCAUCUGCGAGUACGCCCGCGAGAUCUGGGGCGUUGAGCCCUCCUGGGAGAAGCAGCCCGCACCCCACGAGUCCAAGGGCGAUGACGAGAAGAAUUAAAAAAGAUGGUGGCCACACGUGGGACUUCGGCAAAGGGGGCCCUACUGCCCAUCAACUGCAAGCACGAGCUGUUGCUUCUUAUACCAACCAACAACCCGCCGACAUCAAUGCUGAACUGUCCAUCUAACCACUGCGGUUCUUAGUCCCUAGGCAUUGAGGCUCUGUUCCAUAGAACUAAGAAAGAAAAAAAAGAAAGAAAGAAGAAAGAAAAUACUGGCCUCAUAAAGAAGAAGCCCCCACCAUAAAAACUUCAUUUUGUUGCUGUAUUCUUAGCAUUACUUAAACAAGACAGAGUUUCACCGGAAGCUGGAGACUUGAAGUGAUCAACAGAGGACAAACAAUUACUGUCUCUGGAAUCAACAUUUCGUUCAUCAACAGGUGGCCUUGAUGAGGACAAGGAAGUCCCUUGAUGAAUUGUUUGCUCCAGAGCCAUCCCUUGUCUGUUGAUCACAAGCGUGUGUUGGUGUUAUAAAUUGUUAAGCUGCUUUUUGAGAAGGUUGCGUACAAUUUGAAAGUCUUGUGGGAUGUGACAGAUCUGGAAACUUAAAAUGUAGUCAAUGCUGUAAGUGAAAGGAUUUGCUGAUGCAAGUCUAAAGGAUCAGAGCGAUGGCUUAAUUAGCAGUCCUUCAUGUAAGUGAAACUGCGUACAUGGGAGCGCCGUGUCAUCUGUAACCAUUUGUUUGGCUUCGACAAGGGUUGCAAUGUGGCUCUACUUUAAGGAUUAUGGGAGAAAGGUUAUACAUGAAAGGGCUCAAGCUGAUUUUGCUAAAGUUCUGCUGUGUUGCGUUAGUUGUUCUCUUGAAUAAUUUUCAGUCCCUUUAAAAUGUUCAGAAGUGACGCUUUAGCAUUGGCAUACUACAAACAGCUCAUAGCUUUUGGCAUUAAAGUGUGUGGCCCUAAAAAGGGCUUCAGGCUAGGUAGUCAAGUAACACUGUUGUCAGACUAUUCUCUGAAGCCAGAACAGUCCAGUCCUGUAGACCAUAAGUGAGGCACUGCUUUAGUGUGCAGUGGGACUAGUGUCAUUUGCCUGAUUAGAGAAUCGGUGAUCGUAAGCUUUAUUGUAUUUAGUAUAUAGGAUAGUUCAGCUUCUUUGUACAGGCUAUCAUCACAAUCUUCAGUCGGUCUGAAGCAAGAAGAGUGUAGUGGUCAAGACUGGUUACUGGCUGGGGUGGGGAAAUAUGUGGAAUAAUUAAGGUUUGCAGAACACAACUUCACACACACAUAAGAACGACUUGCAAGCUGAGAGAGCUAUUGGUCUCAAUGAAUGAAGCGUGCUGUAAUGCUUCGAAAGUUCGGUUGAAGCUGUAAGAGCAUUUCUAUGAAUAUUUCCAAGCCCAACAUGUGCAUAAGAUUAUCGAUAUGGAAAGUUUGCUCACUGCUACCUAUUGUAAUAUCCUGAGUCAUCAACCACGCUACUCAAAACGCAUAACUCGCCCUCCAAGAAAGGGAAGUCCUCAUUACGUUAAGGGCUGAAAAAGUCCCAUCUUUUGAGUGUUGACAUAUGCUGGCCACAACCAACAAUGAAAGUGUCAUAAAUAUUUGCCAGAAACAUCCUAGAAUGCUUUUGUUGGCGCCCGAUCAAAAGGCUUUCUUGAAGCUGUAUUUGCAGGAGCUUUGAACAAGUAACUGGCGACUUAGUGAUUGGUUUUUGUGGGUGCCAGUCACUAGUUUUGAUAGCAUGGUACUGUACGUGUGGCUCUGCAAAAAGCACAGAAAAGGUGAAAAAGAAUUUAGGAAAUGGGCAACCUAUCAAGGAUGUGGGACUACUUGGGAUAUUUCGGUAGGCUUAAUUUUUUUUCAUUCUUGCACAAUUGCAUACAUUGCAAUGUGGCAGCGACAUUCUGCUUGCAAUAGGGAACAUUGCACCGGAAUUGCAAUGUCGCAUCAAUCAUGUGGUGCAGCUCUUGGCACUUGGAGAGGUGGGAAAGAGGUUGCUAGUAUUAGCAAUUGUGGAGUUACUUAUUACAUUGAUCAUGUAAGCUCAGUAUUCUUUCUGGGUAUUUCGCCAUGCUUUCUGCAUUCCGAAUAAUUAUUAGAAAGGGAGAACUUGUAAAGCUGUCACAUCGAAAGUGUUUUGAUGACCGUCUUUGAACUGCAGAACAAUCCCAGUGUCUAUUACACAGACACUCUGUGAUGGACACAGACAGCUUUCACGUCUUGAGAUGCAAGCCGAAGCGAAUGUUUUUGAUUUGCGGGCAGUCGCCUAUAGCCUCGGAACACCAGUCCCACACAUAGCCUUGUUGAAGGAGACACGCUCGCAUCAGUUUCCCUACAAAACUGCGAUUCCUCCAUGGAUGACGGGUUGAUGGUCUCUGCCAUCUUGAAAGUGUACUGCAAACUGCCUAUAUGUGAUCCUAGUUGUCUGCCAUUGUGUUUCUAGAGAAGACUGCUUUUUGUAACUCUUGAAAGCUUGUGACGUCCAACUUGUUUUUAAUGCAAUUUACCCAUUUUCUUUCUUCCUUUGCCACUGCUGUUAUUUAAGAGGAAGCUUUAGCUCGGGCCCAACUCCGACGCGGCCUAUUCAAAUACAUGUAAAACGCAAAAACGUUUUUAUGAGAUAACCCCUGGACCGAUUUUGAUGAAAUUCGUUGCAUUUGAAAGAGAAAGUUAAAUUCUAGUGACUGUUGGAAGCGGAAUUUCGAUUUAGGGCUUGAAUUUUCUUAAAUCGAUUUUCAAAUAUUUGACCGUUUGAAAAAAAUGGAAGCACGAAGUUUACAAAUUCAUAGCUCUGCAUCAAGAACUGAUAUCACGGUUCUGUAAACGGCAUCCAUUAGAUCAUUCAAAGCGGACAAAUUCAAUAUGUCAUUUUACAUCUUACGUGAAUUUGUUACGUCGGUUACAACGGUUUUGCAAAAGUUGUAUUUCCCUAUGAUUAAAUAUUUUUGAUAUUCAUGUGUAACACAUCAAUUUUGUCCGCUUUAGAUGUACUAUUAGAUGCAAUUCACAGAAUUGUAUUAUCAUGUUUAGUGGUUGAGUUACAGAGUCGUAAACUUGAUAGUUUCGUUUUUUGAAAAUGUUCGAUUUUUGGCAAUUUUUAAUAAAAAAUUCACGACCUAACUCAAAAAUUCGAGACCAACAGUCACUAGAUUUUAAGUUUGUCUUUUAAAUGCAACAAACCUCGUCAAAUUUGCUGCGGUGGUUGCCGAGAAAAACGAAUUCUCCUUUUACAUGUAUUUAGAUAGGAGCACUCGAGCUAAAGCUUCCUCUUAAGCACUGUUAUCUUCUUUCAGACAACUCGCCUAUUUUUGUUGUUGUUGAUUUGCCACUUGCGUGGAGUGUUAUGUGUUGCAUGUCGUUCACAUCCUUUACCUAGGUAGCAAUAAAUUUUUUGAAGUCUUUCACUGUAGCCUCCAUAUUGCCCCAAAAUGGCUGAAGCUGUGCUCUUUCUUGCCAAAAGGACGGCCGUGGUUCCUGAAUGGUUCUUCCCCAUUUCCUGCCAUGGCUCAGAACCUCUAAAUAUAUGCCAGCUGCUUUAUUCUAAGGCAGUCAUGGUCAGAGACAUUUUGGGUAAAUAGUGAAGAACGGAAAAAAUGUAUCAGUGUUUGGUGCAAGCAUUGCAAACUGUUCCUGUUUAAGUAUGUGUUGUAGUUAUUGCGGCGUGCUGCACUCAUGUCAAAUGUGGCAGUCGCACAAAUAUCCACGAUAAUGAUUAAAGACAUGUUGAAACCUUGAA